CACAAAUGUAAUGAAAUGUUUUCCAUUCAAUGUAUUACUUCUCAGAUAACUGUUUGUGUCUUCAAACAACUCAUUGAAUAUUAGGUUUGAGACAAAUCACACAAUUGGUCCCAAUUUAAUAUUCAAUUUACAUACACCUAAAGAAUGGUUUACACAGUAUGUCGAUAUGGAUCUCAACACUGAAUAACAUUUGACACUAAAUGCAAAACUGGGCACAAGAAUGAGUACACUAACGGCUAUUCAUUCAUACUAUGGCCACAAUUUGGAGCAAAAGACACCCAAAAGAUACUUCACUUUAGGCGUAUUGUGUUGUUGUAUCUCUGGCUUCGUAUUCUUCAUUGGUAUCAUUUUGAUGGUGUUCGGCUCAUCGCCAGCACAUCCCGAAGCCAUUUGGAUCACUGGUAUAGUGUUUCUGCUAACGGGUGGCCUAUUAUUCUUCUUAGGCGUCAGUUCUAUUGGUCUGUAUUUGUCCAAAGAGGACAAACGCAAGCGAGACCUCGAGUUGGCCCGAACCAGACAUUAUGCCUCCAGCGACAUACGGGUGCGUUUCGAUGAUGAUAGCGGUUCCGAGAGUGACUUAGGCAGCGCUGGGAUUCCAGGUCUGGGAGGAGGAGGAACAGUGCCAGUGGUAGUGGUAGUGCCUCACCAGUCGUGCUGUGGUUGCAGUGCUUCUCCCAGUGCCUCAGCGAUCAAUACUGGAAGGACUACUGGUUUGGAUUGUGGCCCCAAUGCAAGUAUUACAUCGAAUUGGGUAUUGGGAGUAAGACAUCAGAGCCUAUCGUCCCAUUCACUCAAUGAUAUUAUGGCCAAACGAGGAAAACAGUCGUCCCAUGCAUUCAAGUCUAACGCAAAUCACGGUUUUCUGCAAAAACGAGUCGACACUCAACUAUCGCUCAAAUAUCCGAUGGAUGACAUUGAGGAGGAGGUCUCGCAACAAAGUUUCCAUACUUUUCAUUCCCAUCACAACUCCGUAAACAACAACAAAAUCAGUGCUCCUGUUGUCCAGCGUCAGAAGCAUACCAUGAAAGACAAAAGCAAUCCUACGGAUCGGGACGUGAAUCCAGAAAAGUGCGAUAAGAAGUCCAUUAGAGACCAUCAAUCGAUUGACGCCUUCAAUACAAAUGCAAACAAAACAAAAGUAUUUGUUUCGGGAAAUCAUCAGUUGAUCGCUACUAAGACGGGAGACAAUGGCUGUCGAGCUAAUGAUACGGAUAGCGGACCAAAAAGAAGCAAAAGUGACAAAAAUAAUAUCAUUUUAUUCACAAUAACACCCUUUCUAUUGAUACCGAUUUGGGUCAUACCUAACCCAUACUCGCCGCUCAUUCGUAACGUCUUAUGGCUAUCGCUGUUGACAUCGGUAUUACUGAUGACAUUAGCGGCUCUGACCGGAAACGUCUACUGGUAUUACGACCAGAGAAGCCAAAAGUGGAAAUGGUUUUACCACUGCGGCAAAGGUCCCGAAGAUCACUACUGGGGCGCAACACUACUCCACAACCAUAGGCCACAAAAGCCGAUCAAUUGUAACAAAAAAGUGCGACCAAAUGCCAUUGCCAUCAAUGUAUGA